UAGAGGAAAACUGUAGUUCGCAAAAGUGUGGCUGGGGAAGGACGAUUAAAAUGUGUUCGAGUGCAACAUUCAAAUUUCUGUGCUACUUUUAUGCAUGUUGCAACACUUUCUGUGCAAUCAGCAUCGCAGUUGGGGCGGACAAAGUGAGUGAAAAAAUUACCCGCGAUAACUGCGAUGGUGGCAACAGCAGCAGUGACUUAGCUGCAGGAUCCUUUCCGAGGGAAAUUUGUAACAAGAAAACGUAUACAGCACUGGUGUUGAUGCUGACCCUGGUAUGUUUCAUGUCUCUUCUGAUGGUUAUUGGAGUUGCGAUGGAAAAACGCUGUAUCCUAAAAAUAUUUCGGAUAUUUCUGUAUGUAAAUAUAAUCUUCCUUUUCGGCUGCUGGUUAUCGAUAUUCGUUUCGUUCCAUGAAGCGCACCACUCGAUGCUGAUGUUCCUCUGGGGAUUUGUGCUAGUUCUGAGUGUUGUGUAUUUUGGCAUGCAGAUUUGGAUCAUCUCGGCAACUUAUGAAUGUAUUGUGAUGAAAUCUUAUUCAAUCGCAACUAAGUCACCAAGUGCGAAGAUUAUCUACUCUUGAAGAUAACACCGGAAAAUUAUUUGAGUCAAUUAGUAUUUAUUUGUUCAACAUUUUUAGCUCUCCACGCUCCACACCUAGCAUGCUAGAUUCCAUGAACUUUGUAAACAAAAUGAAUUUGACAUAUUAUAGCCUGAAGAACAGAAAAACUUAAGUUGUGAAUCAACUUGUGAUCGUUGUGAUUAAGGUUAAAAAAAAUACAAAAAUGUGCACCAAAGAUUGCUACAAAGUGUUUGGUUAUUUCUUCGGUUUCAUGUGGAUCGUCAGUUGUUUCUACUAUACGAUGGAAACAAUUGAGCUGCUCAAAUUGAUGAAUCUCCAAUGCUCCGAAAGUGGAGGUGCAGGUUCAGGUGGUUCUCAGCCUCCGCCCCCGCCCCAGACACGGAUGCAGUUUGAUGAAGUUUUAAUCAAACAGGUUUGCGAGUUCUACGGUCAUUUGGCUUAUUUUAUGCCCUACCACAUAAUCACAACAAUCAUCAAGAUGGUUCCAGGAAUGUUACUCAUAGUUGGAGUUUUCAGGGGCAACAUUACGCUGGUCAAAGUAUUUAUUUUCUAUGCUGUUUUGGAGGAAAUAUUUUUCGUUGUGGUUUUCUCGAAAAUUUUCACCCUCAUCAAUACGGAAGGAAAGAAAAGCCCCUGGAUGUUUUGGAUGAUAGUUUUCUCUUGUGUAAAACUAAUUGUAGCAAUUUGGAUUCUGUUAGGAGUAUACGCUUCGAUCGAUGACUCUCAGAGAGUCAUUAGGAGAUAUGUUUAAGAGACAGAUCAUUACGUCACAAAGAAGUUUUAACUACAAUGUGCUUAUAAAUCCAAAUUGACAAUGAAACGUGCUCACAAAUGAAAAUGAAUUUUUGUAUUUGAAUACAUCAUUGCAACGCUCCGGUUCAGGCUAUAUGGUACAUAAUUGGAGUUUACAAAAAUCAUAAGAGCAGUGCUAGGACCAUAUAAGAUAAUAAUUCGCAAAAUAUA